AUGAUUCAAUCAGUUGAAGAACCUGGAGUAUUCCUAGAUAAUUGUCAAGCACAAUUUGAUUUUACUGAACAUACAUUAGAAGAUUGUGAUGGCAAAUGUUGGAAAUCAGUUGAUAUAAUUGAUAUGAAACGAUUAGGUAAUAGUAGUCGAGAACGAUUAAAAUUAAAAGAUGAAGCUCUAUUAUCACUUCGAUCAAGUCGUCGUUGUUUUUCAGCUGAUGAAUUAAUACGUGCAGGUGAAAUGGGAAUCAUCACAUCAAAUGGAUGUCGAAAAAUAAAACGAGAAAGUGACAAAUCAAAAGAAAUUUGUUUUUGUUCAGAUCAAGAUAUGUUUCGUCUUUAUGGGCCAGGUCUUGAAGCAUCAUUUCAAGUACCUGUUCGUUAUUUUUAUUUACAAGCAUAUGAUUCAAAAGGACAAAAACUUAAUUAUUCAACACAAUCUAGUGAUCGUAUAGAAUUUCAUUUAACUCGUGUAUCUGAUCAAUUAUCAGUUCAUAGUUAUCGUAAAGUUGAUGAUCUUAAUGAUGGAACUUAUUUAUUUCGAUAUCGUCUUUACGAAUCCGUUAAAGAUCUUCGUAUAUUUAUUCGAUUUGGAAAGCAAGAUAAAGUACAUGUUGUUAAUGGUUAUAUAUAUUCGGAUGGUUGUUAUUGUCCAGAAACUAAUCUAACACAAUGGUUAAAUUCAUUACAAUGUUCAUCAUCAUCAUUAUCUCAAUUACAUGAAGAUUUUAAAUUAUUUAAACAAAUUGAUAUGAUAAAAGUUCUUAAUAAAGCAAAAGAAAAAUAUUUUCAACAUCCUAAAACUUAUGCAUUAUGUCAUUAUGUUAUUAAAAAUAAUCAAAUUUAUCGAAAAUGUUAUGGUGAACAUGUUGCAUUUCAAAUGUUUUCUGAUGCAAUAUUAUUAUCACUUUCACGAAAAGUUAUUUUACCCGAUGUUGAAUUUUUAAUGAAUUUGGGUGAUUAUCCAUUAAGUAAUAAUGAUAAUGAUCCACUACCAAUUAUAUCAUGGUGUGGAUCAAAACAGACACAUGAUAUUAUUCUACCGACUUAUGAAAUUACAGAAGCUACACUUCAAAUGCUUUCUCGAACAACACUUGACAUAUUUGCUAUGAGUACUGUACGUCAUUUAUCUUGGUCAAAAAAGAUUUCAAAAGGAUUCUUUCGUGGGCGUGAUAGUUGUCAAGAGCGUCUUGAUCUUGUUCGUUUAUCAAAAAAAUUUCCUGAUUUAAUUGAUGCUAAUUUAACACGCAUGUUUUUCUUUCGUGAUCAAAUGUCAGAAUUUGAACCAUUUGCUGAAUAUAUUCCAAUGCCGAAAUUUUUUGAUUAUAAAUAUCAAAUAUCUAUUGAUGGAACUGUAGCUUCAUAUCGAUUUCCUUAUUUAUUAGCUGGUGAUAGUUUAAUAUUUAAACAAACAAGUUCAUAUUAUGAAUAUUUUUAUCGAGAUCUUAUACCGAAUAAACAUUAUAUUCCAGUAAAAAAAGAUCUAUCAGAUUUAAUUGAAAAAAUUCAAUGGGCAAAAACUCAUGAUGAUGAAGCUCAAGAAAUAGUUAAACAUGCACAACGAUUUACUCAACAUAAUCUUCUUCCUAAUCAUAUUCUUUGUUAUCAUGUACAAGUUUUACAGGAAUAUGCUAAACGUUUAGUAUCACCUGUUGAAGUUUCGUCAGAUAUGGAAUUAGUUCAACAUGAAAAAGAUGAAAGUCAUAUAAAAAAAGAUAAUUGUAUCUGUCAUCAUUCAGAGAUGAGUACAAAUCCUAGUUGCGGUGUCCGUGCGCCAGCUAUUAUUUAUUCAUGUUUACUUAAAAAUAAUUCUGAUGCUGAAGUAACUAUUCAAAUUGAAUUUACUGGUUUUGAAGGUCAUCAUCAUGAAAUAGCUGAUAUUGAAUUAGCUAAAGGUGAAGAACAAUUAAUUGAUGAAAAAGAAUUUGAACAUGGAGAACAUAAUACAAAAUAUCGUAAAGGUGUUGAUUGUAUUCGAGUAAAAAAAUUCGAUGGAACAACUAUAGAAUUAAAGAAACCAUUUGAUGGUGUUACAUCACCAAAAAAGAAAUGGAUUUUUGAAAUUACGAAUGAUUCAAUUAAAUCAAUUGAUCCAGAAAAGCAAUAA